AUGUUUAGGAGAAGACAUGGAAGACGUCGACGUAACAGAGGCGACAAAUCGAGAGAUGACUCCAGAGGCCGAAGGGACUCCAAAGGAGACUCGAAAGAGGACAGUCGCAGCGACAGUGGCUCUGAAGAGCGACAUCGCAGUGAUGAAAAGGGUUCAAGAGAUGAAAAGUCGAAAAGUGAUGGUUCCAGAUGCAUUCGACUUACACGUGCCCUGAACGCUCAAAAAGGUCUCGGAGUGAGGACACAGAUCAAUCAGAACACACAUUUUCUUGAUUUGUCGUCCGUCUACGGAUCUGAAGAAUGCGAAGGAGCGUCAGUUCGAUCGUUCGUCAAUGGAGAAUUGAAAACGUACAGCCAUAAUGGGGAACUUCUACCACCGCAGAACAAAAACGACUCAAACUGUUUAUCGACGGCGCCGUAUUACUGUUUUACAACCGGCGACUUCCGCAACUCUCUGCAUCCCGGACUCAUCCCAAUACACACGGCCUACAUCAAGGAGCACAAUCGACUCGCUGCUCUUUUGAAGAAAAGCAACCCAUCCUGGACUGACGAGCGUGUGUUCCAGGAAGCUCGUCGUGUGAACAUCGCCCAAUAUCAGCAUCAAGUCUACUCCGAGUAUCUUCCAUUGAUUAUUCCUCCCUCUGUGAACGCCGCUCUUUCGGCUGAAUUCGCCGGUGCCGCUUUCCGAUUUGGACAUGGCACCGCGAGAAAGGAUUUCCCGAGGGUUACCAAUGGUAACAAGACGGCUGGUACGACAGUUGACAUCGGCAGUAACAUCUUCUACGUGGAUUCCCACUAUGCAGCCAAUCAAGGAGGACAGGCAUCCUUCAUUGAGGGAAUGAUGCAAUAUCCUGCAAUGAAAUCCGACAAGGAGUUCUCAUUCCCUAUCAGAAAUCAGCUGUUUCGAAAUCCGGGGCCAACCGGGAUCUGGCGUGGAUUUGGUGGCGGUAAACAUCAUGCGAGGGCGAGAUAUUGGCCUCUCUCCAUACAACGAGUACAGAACCCUAGUUGGGCUGAAAAAGGCAUCGAGUUUUGA